CUUCUAAUUUUAUCAUUCGCAUGAUGCUUUAGUCAUUUUAUGUCGGUUGUUUUUAGUUUCAUUCCAGACUUUUACUGUUACUUACCUGUGUGUCAAUACCUAAAAUCAUCCUUACGUUCGCCCACCAUUUUUAGUAUAUAUUUAUCAAUUAUAAUAAUCGUUACAUUCCUGUUAUUUUAACUAUCCACAGCGCCUUCUUCUAUUCUUCGCAACACAUAUUUCAGUGCUCGGAUUAGUUAAAGAUUUAGUUUUUUAAGAAUGAAUAUUUUUAGGUUAGAUCACCGAAACUUAAUGCUUAUGCAGAUGGAAAAUUAUUUAUAUCACCUCUAAUAUAACUGUACGUUAUAAUUUUGAUAAUAUUACCAACUACAUUUAUAAAAAAGCAAUGACAUCUGAAAUCGUACGUAACAUAAAAAUGUGGACAAUUUAAUGGUCUACUAAGAAACUAUAAAUUUAAAGGAUACCUGAAAUCUGGAAACUGCAUCCUGAUUGCUACCUACCAUAUUCAUGAAAAAGGUGUGCAUCUUAUAAGAAACAUGCCUCUGUUCGGAAAGUCUCAAAAAAGUCCGGCGGAGGUGGUAAAGGCUCUCAAGGAAGCAGUAAAUGCAUUGGAGCGGGGUGACAAGAAGGCUCAAGAGGAUGUCAGCAAAAAUCUUGUACACAUAAAAAAUAUGUUAUAUGGAACUGCUGAAACUGAACCACAGGCAGAUAUUGUUGUGGCUCAAUUGGCACAAGAAUUAUAUAACAGUAAUUUAUUGUUGUUACUUGUGCAAAAUCUAAGUCGUAUUGACUUUGAGGGAAAGAAAGAUGUUGCUCAAGUUUUUAAUAAUAUUUUAAGAAGACAAAUUGGAACAAGAUCUCCAACAGUGGAAUAUAUAUGCACCAAACCAGAAAUCCUGUUUACUCUUAUGUCUGGUUACGAACAUCAAGACAUUGCAUUAAACUGUGGCACUAUGUUAAGAGAAUGUGCAAGAUAUGAAGCAUUGGCAAAAAUUAUGAUAUAUUCAGAUGAUUUUUACAAUUUCUUUAGAUAUGUAGAGGUGUCUACAUUUGAUAUAGCAUCUGAUGCGUUUUCUACGUUUAAGGAAUUACUUACAAGGCACAAAAUUCUAAGUGCUGAGUUUCUAGAAGUUAAUUAUGAUAAAGUUUUCUCUCAUUAUCAAAGGUUAUUGAAUUCUGAAAAUUAUGUAACAAGACGACAAAGUUUGAAGUUGUUGGGUGAGCUUUUGCUUGAUAGACACAAUUUUACAGUUAUGACACGAUAUAUUUCAAACCCUGAUAAUUUAAAACUUAUGAUGAAUAUGCUUAAAGAAAAAUCACGGAAUAUACAAUUUGAAGCAUUUCAUGUAUUUAAGGUAUUUGUUGCUAAUCCAAAUAAACCUAAACCAAUUCUUGAUAUACUUCUUCGUAAUCAGGAGAAGUUGAUAGAAUUUCUAACACGCUUCCACACAGAUCGUUCGGAAGAUGAACAGUUUAAUGAUGAGAAAGCAUACCUAAUAAAACAGAUCAAAGAACUUAAGUCUGUACAUGAAAAUUAAGUCAAAAAUACAACUACUGCUACAGCUACUGUUAUUACUACAAUCAACUCUAUUGCUACUACUGCUAUUCUACUAUUACCACCAAUGUCGCCACUGUGGCUAUUUAUUAUUCUAAGACUAUAUUAUUCAAUUAGCAUCAUCAUCAUGAUCAUCAUCAUUAUCAUCAUUAAUGUUAUUUUUUAGCAUCACCACUGCAAUUAUCAUCACUAUUAUCAUAAUUAUCAUUAUUUUCAUCAUCAUUAUCAUCCUUAUUGUA